AUUUGAACCUAAACAGCUCCGAGGCCGUCCUUCAGCCGCAGCUUUCCGCUCUUCACCGCCGCAUGUGGCAAAUAGCGCUUUUAAUAGGAGAUAAGCAUUUUUAAAUUAAUCAUAUAGAUUCAUAUUUUAGACUGCGUUUGAUGUUGUUUUUGUAACCGGUCCCUUUUUAUAUCCGAGUUAUUUAUUUGGGGUUAGCUUUAGCGUUAUUGCUAACUUGGCCAGUUAGCCGGUCAAGCUAGCAAGACAGUGUUUUAAGCUGGACGCUGUUCUUCUGAACUGCUGAAGAAGAUUUAAAUCUCUGGAAUGGAUCUUGCUGCUAGGGUUAGAUCAUCUAAGGAACUGAAGAUUCAGAAAGCAGAGAGUGAAAAGGUUUUAAGCAACAGGCCAAAGAGGGUUCCCGUGACGCAGAGCUGCCAUAAACCGGCACAGACACCGAGCCACACGUCUGUGCUUGGUGUUUCUCAGGGUCCACAGCGUGUCCCGAGGCCUCGGAGUGAACAGACAAACCCAUGCAGCGGAGAGCAGAAUACUAACCCUGCUCAGAUUCAACCCAAACCCCAACCAGCAGAGAGUCAGUCCAUACCUGCUCACACUGCCGCAGAGUGUGUUGAACCCACAGAGCCCAAGCAGGAUAAGGAGAACUCAAAACCUGCCAAUGAGACAACCAAGGCAUCCAACACUGAGCAGACGCCAUGGACUCUGGAGAACUUUGACAUCGGCAGGGCUCUCGGGAAGGGCAAGUUUGGAAGCGUGUACUUGGCCAGAGAGAGACAGACCAAGUUCAUCCUGGCCCUGAAGGUGCUUUUUAAGAAGCAGCUGGAGAAAGCUGGCGUGGUGCACCAGCUGAGGAGAGAGGUGGAGAUCCAGUCACAUCUCAGGCAUCCCAACAUCCUGCGCCUGUACGGCUACUUCCACGACUCCGCCCGAGUCUACCUCAUCCUGGAGUUUGCUCCUAAAGGAGAGCUGUAUGGAGAACUGCAGCGCUGCAAGACGUUUGAUGAUCAGCGCAGUGCUACGUAUAUAAUGGAGCUCGCUGAUGCUCUGUACUACUGCCAUUCAAAGAAAGUCAUUCACCGAGACAUUAAACCUGAGAAUCUGUUAUUGGGAGCAAAUGGUGAACUGAAGAUUGCAGAUUUUGGGUGGUCUGUCCACACUCCAUCCUCGAGGAGGUCUACGCUAUGCGGCACGCUUGACUAUCUUCCUCCAGAGAUGAUCGAGGGCAAAACCCACGAUGAGAAAGUGGACCUCUGGAGCCUGGGUGUUCUCUGUUAUGAGUUUCUGGUCGGGAAUCCUCCUUUUGAGACGAAGAGCCAUGAAGAAACGUACCGUAAAAUCUCCAGGGUUGAGUUCAGUUAUCCGUCCCACGUGAGCGAGGGUGCUAGAGAUCUGAUCAACAGGCUGUUGAAACACAACCCGAUGCACCGACUUCCCAUCCAAGGAGUCCUGACUCAUCACUGGGUUGUGGAAAACUCCACCAAGAAUCCGACUACUUUCACUCGAGCCACUAAAGAGUCUCCGUGAGCAUGCUGUGUGGCUCCAACACAAACUAUGGAUUUGAGAUGCUGAGAUGGCAGUUGUUCCUGAGCCUGGCUGACUUUCCCUCAUGUGCACAUGACUUUUCCUUCUCCUGCCCUCGUUCCCUCCCUCCUUCCUUCCUGUAAAUAUUUACCUGUUCAGAAUUAUGAAAAUGUACCUGUUCUUACUUGAAACAAUAAAUCUGUUUUUAAAUGUUGCCUGCAAUAAGGGAGGUUCGUGGAGUUCUUAAAAGUAGUGAUUUGAUUUGAGUUUUUAGGCUCACAGCUUUUCCAGACAAUAGAUAAUGGGAAGUCAGAGUAAUUGUAUGCAGUGUUCUGUAAUAAACAUGUGGCCGGUUUGCAGCCCUUCAGAAAUAUUAAUUCCUUUUCUAGAAAAGUGCAAUAUGUGAAUGUGAUCUGCUUUUGCUGGUGGGUUUGUGAGCUUGUGUUAAGCUUUUUGUAUUAUGAAACGUUUCCCAUCAUCACUACUUUAAAGCGACACUGAAAUAACUGUUUAUUGCGAAAUAAAUAGUUGAAUAUU